AUGUCUGAAUAUAAUUUACAAAUAACAAUCGGUCCAAAAGAUUGUUUGGAAACAGUGCUAGACUUUUUAAAAAACUGUUUAGAUGAUGGAUCUGUAAAUCUUAACAUGGAUACUAUUAAAAAUUCUAGGAUAAAAGUUACAAUUCCUGAAAGAAAUACUGAGUUCAUUGUUCAACCAGCAAUGCCUAUUGAUUGGAAUGAUUCAAAUGACAAUGUAAAUAUCCUGGAAAUGUAUAUUUCUAAGACAUUCGACAACGAUUUGACAAAUAGCAGAAAUACUAAACCACAGGACACUAUAGAUUACAAUAAUUUAAACUCGUCUGGCAGCCAAAGUAUUUUGCAAGUACUAAAUCACACAGAUAUGACGGAAACAAAUCCUUCUAAUUCAGCCAAUGGAAAAGAAAUAAAAGAAGGCAAUGGUGUAUGGAGCGAAGGAAUCACUAAAUUUAUGUUGGAAAAAUAUUCAAAAUAUAUGAGUUAUGUUGGACCCAUGAAAAAAUUUAAGAACAAAAAAUCUAUGUGGAUACAAUUGGCUUCUGAUAUUCAAGAGGAAUUAAAUGUAGAUUUCUCUUAUAUUCAAGUUGAAAACCGUUAUAAGACAAUUUGUAAAAGAAAAAAGUCCAUAAUUGACAAUAACAGAAGCACAGGUGCAUCACGGAUGAAUGAUGAGUACGAAGAAGAAUGGAAAGAAAUAACUAACAAUGAUGAUAGCAUAUUGCCAGAAAGCCAAAACAAAAAAAAAAAGAGAACAGACAACAACGAAACCAUGAUAUUAAAUUUUCUUAAGGAAAAGGAGAUUGCAAAAGAAAGGCGCCACAAUGAAAAAAUGAAUCUCCUAAAAAGUCUUUUAGGAGAUAAAUAA